GAUGCUCUCACUAUUCUUCAACUGAAUUAUCCAAUGUGGAGGAAACCCUAAUCCCUGGCAUUUCCUGUCAGGAUUUUCAUACAGUUUGUCCAUCUGUCUGUUUUUUCUUCCCCCCCCCCCUCAUUUUCACGAGGAAGGAAGCUGGGGCUGGUCCUUACUGGUCCAUACUACCCUAAACCUCUUUACGCCUUUUUUCAUUGCAAUUUAUCAUCGUUUAUCUGACAUUCCUCUUCUGCAGCCAUGGAUUUGGGUAGCCUGACCACGGUGGUGGCCAACUCCGCCUAUAUCUCAGCACGUGGUAGCUUUGACGGCACCGCCAACCCCGCCGCCAACCGCGACAAGAAGUACCAUGCCCGCCUCAAGCUGCCCCACAUCACGGUGUGUGAGGGCCUCGUGGAGACUCUGGACCUGGGCUUCCAGAGCGUGUGUGUGGAGCAGCCCAUCGGCAAGCGCCUGUUCCGGGAGUUCUUAGAGUCCAACAAUGAAUACAAAGGUCCAUCUCGCCUGUGGAAGGAUGUGGAGGAGUACAACCAGGCAGAGGACAAGGACCGCGCCAAGAAGGCGUCUAAGAUCCUGUCACGCUACAUGGAGCCAGACGCCAAGCUCUUCUGUCCCUUCCUGCCCGAGAACAGCAUCACCAAGGUGAAGGAGAAGCACCAGGACGCGUCCGACGACCUCUUCAACGAGACGCUGGCCAGCGUGCUAGACUUCCUCAAGGAGGUGCCUUUCACCUUCUUCCUGGAGAGCAUGUACCUCAAGAGGUUCCUGCAGUGGAAGUGGCUGGAGAUGCAGCCCAUGGAUGAGGACUGGUUCCUGGACUUCCGCGUGCUGGGGAAGGGCGGCUUCGGGGAGGUGUCGGCCUGCCAGAUGAAGGGCUCGGGGAAACUGUACGCCUGCAAGAAGCUCAACAAGAAGAGGCUGAAGAAGAGGAAAGGCUAUGAGGGGGCAAUGGUGGAGAAGAGGAUUCUGGCACGCGUCCACAGCAGAUUCAUUGUCUCCCUGGCCUAUGCCUUCCAGACCAAGACCGAGCUCUGUCUGGUCAUGACCAUCAUGAAUGGAGGUGACCUGAGGUAUCACAUCUACAACGUGGACGAGAACAACCCAGGUUUUGACGAGGCCAGAGCCUGUUACUACGCAGCCCAGAUCAUCCAGGGCAUGGAGCACCUCCACCAGAAGAGAAUCAUCUACAGAGACCUUAAACCUGAGAAUGUGCUCCUAGAUAAUGAAGGUAACGUGCGUAUCUCUGACCUUGGUUUGGCUGUGGAACUGGCGGAAAACCAGGACAAGAUCAAAGGCUAUGCUGGAACCCCAGGGUUCAUGGCCCCUGAGCUGCUGAAGGGAGAGGAGUACGACUACUCUGUAGACUACUUCACUCUGGGGGUCACUCUGUUUGAGUUCCUCGCCGCCAAGGGCCCCUUCAGAAGCCGUGGAGAGAAGGUGGAGAACAAGGAAGUGAAGAAGCGCAUCCUGAACGAACCGGUGACCUACCCAGAGAAGUUCAGCGAGAACGCCAAAUCCAUCUGUGAGGGCCUGCUGUGUAAGGCGGUAGACAAGAGGCUGGGCAUCAAGAACGGCACAUGUGACGAGAUCCGGGCACACCCCUUCUUCAACCAGAUCAACUGGAGGAAGCUGGACGAGGGAAUCCUUCCACCGCCGUUUGUGCCCGACUCCAAGACAGUGUACGCCAAGGAUCUGGACGAUGUGGGCGCCUUCUCCACAGUGAAGGGCAUCAACCUGGACGAACCUGACAAUGUGUUCUUUGACGAGUUUGCUUCGGGGAACAUAGCCAUCCCCUGGCAGGAGGAGAUGAUCGAGACAGGGAUCUAUGGCGAGCUCAACGUGUGGGGAGCCGGCGGCACGCUGCCCAACGACCUCCGCAGGGAGUCCAUCCUAGAGCAGCCGCCCAAAUCCUCCACCUGCUGCGUGUCAUAAAAGAAGUAGGAAGAGGAAGACGUGGGACUAACAUCCUGAUUGCUCAUUGGACGGGGGAAAGGGAGGGGGUAUUGGUUGGAGGAGGGAUACUGUGGGAAAGUUGAAUGGAAUGGACUGGAAUUGCUUGGAAUGAUGAGGAAUUGAGUAUGUUGACACCAGUAAACACUCCUUUCAUUUUUCAGAUACUUAGUAUACUCAGAUAUGUGAUUCUCAUAAUUCUUUCUUUAUUUGCUUUUCUCCAGCAUAUCAACUGCAAAUCAAUUACAUUAAAUAGUGCUUUGACAGUCUUUAAAUGAAUUAUCUGGUAACAUCCUUUAUACACAUAUAUGUGAAAUGUUAGGGAUUAAGAAUGCCAUAAAAGCAUGGCAUGGUGUAUUUGCAUGCUUUAAAGUUAAAUCAAAUGUGCUGCGAUUCCAUUGUCGAGAAAUCUAGUAGAAUUAUUUUGGCAUUUGAGCUCCCAGCCUCUGCUCCAUUCGCCAUCCUUGAAAUUCCAUCCACACAUACAGAGCAGUACAGCUUUGUAUUCCCAUAACGAGGGAUGACUCCAUGGCUUAUACUGCAGUG